UGUGGCGGCGGGCGGCGCGCGGGCUGUGGCGGCGCGCGGGGGCCGCCAUGGCCGAGGCCUCCUCGGGGCGGCGGCCCAAGGACGUUCCGCGGCGGGUCUGGGCCCGCGAGCGGCGGCGGAGCUCGGGCGGCGGCCUGGCCGGGCCCAACACCGUCUACGUGCAGGUGGUGGCGGCCGGGAGCCGCGAGGCGGGCGCCGCCGUCUACGUCUUCUCGGAGUUCAACCGGUACCUCUUCAACUGCGGCGAGGGCACGCAGCGGGCCAUGCAGGAGCACAAGCUGAAGAUCUCCCACCUGGACAGCAUCUUCCUCAGCCGGGUGGCCUGGGCCAACGUCGGGGGGCUGCCGGGUAUGAUUCUCACCUUAAAGGCUAUGGGGCUUCAGAGGUGUGUUUUCCUAGGGCCACCAAAGCUGCAAAACUACUUGAAAGCAAUUCGACUCUUUCCUGGGCCCCUAAAAAGGAUGGAUUUAGCUGUGCAAUUGCACACAGAGCCUGAGUAUAAGGAUGAGACCAUGACAGUCUACCAGAUCCCUCUGACAGAAAAAACACUGGCUGCAGAAGGUGCAUGGCCUCAGAGUCCUGGAGCAUCAACCCAAGGUGGAAAUAGCCCUAAAAGGGAUCAAGGGCCUGGAUCUCCAAGAACUGCACAGCAAAGCUUGGAGGAAGGGAAGGAAAAAGGAAGCCCAAAGAAAAGAGGUGGUGAAGAGAAGUGUGCAAGCAGGCAUCCUGAUCUGGUGAUGGCUUUCCUUUGUAAAAUUCACCCAAAGAAGGGGAAAUUCCUGGCAGCAAAAGCACAGGAGAUGGGGCUGCCAGUGGGAACUCCAGCCAUUCUUCCCAUCAUCACAGCUCUCAAAAACGGGGAGAGCAUCACUUUUGAAGGCAGAGAGCUCUUCCCUGAGGAAUUGUGCACCCCUACGGAUCCUGGCCCAGUGUUCAUCGUGCUGGAGUGUCCUCAUGAGGGCUUUGUGGAUGCCAUCUGUGAAAAUGAGACCUUCCAAAGGUACCAGGAGGGGCUCCCUGAGCACCAGGUGGCCUUGGUUAUUCACAUGACUCCAGAGUCAGUGCUGCGAGACAGCAGGUAUCAGCAGUGGCUGGAAAGAUUUGGACCUGGAACUCAGCACUUGGUGCUCAAUGAGAACUCCUCUGCAGUGCACAACCCACGCAGCUACAAGAUUCAAACCCAGCUGAACCUCAUCCACCCUGAGAUCUUCCCUCUGCUCACCACCUACCGGAGCAAGGAAGAGGAGGCUGUGUGUAGUGUGCCCAUUGUGCGAGGAGAGUGCCUCUUGAAAUACCACUUCAGACCCCAACAGGAGUGGCAAAGAGAUGCUGUGACUGUCUGUGAUCAUGAUGCAUUUGUGAGUGAAGCCUUGGAUCUCCCUGACUUCCAGACUCGUGUGAAGGAGUGCAAGGAGAGCCUGCCUGCUGUGCCAGGAAAUGUAGAUGCUUAUCCUGAAAUUGUGUUCUUGGGGACAGGAUCUGCAAUUCCAAUGAAGAUCCGAAAUGUCAGUUCCACACUGGUCAAUACCAGCUCCACCCGAUCCCUGCUGCUGGACUGUGGAGAAGGAACGUUUGGGCAGCUCUGUCGCCACUAUGGGGAGCAAGUUGACCAAGUGCUGUGUAACCUGGUGGCUGUGUUUGUGUCUCACAUGCACACCGACCAUCACUCGGGGUUGUUGAACAUCCUGAUGGAGAGGAGGAGAGCUUUUGCAGCCCGUGGUCAGGUUUUCAGCCCUCUCUUUCUGGUGGCACCUGAACAAAUCAUGCCCUGGCUACACGAAUACCACAGUCACUGUGAAGAGAUUCUUGGAGACAUUAAAAUGAUUUCUUCCCAGUCUCUUGUGAAAGGCUGUGAGAACAUCAAACCUAAAGCCCAAUUUUUUGUCAGUUCUCUGUUGGAGAACUACGACCUGGCUGAGUUUCAGACUUGUGAAGUCCAACACUGUAAAAAUGCUUUUGCAUGUUCAAUGAUCCACAAAUCGGGCUGGAAAGUAGUCUACUCUGGUGACACAAUGCCCUGCAUGGCCUUAGUACAAAUGGGGAAAGAUGCUACCCUGCUGAUCCAUGAAGCAACGCUGGAAGAUGGCAUGGAAAAAGAAGCAAUAGAGAAGACACACAGCACAACCUCCCAGGCCAUCCAGACUGGGAUGAAGAUGAAUGCAGAGUUCAUCAUGCUCAAUCACUUCAGUCAGAGAUACGCCAAGAUCCCGCUCUUCAGCGAAGACUUCAGCGAGAAGGUUGGAAUUGCAUUCGAUCACAUGAGGGUACGUUUUGGUGACUUCCCGACCAUCCCGAAGCUGAUCCCACCUCUCAAGGCUCUGUUUGCAGAUGACAUAGUAGAAAUGGAGGAGCGGAAGGAAAAACGGGAGAUGAGGCUCCUGAAGGAAACUGCUCUGGUCUUGGACAAACUGGCUGGGGGUGAGAACAAAGAAGAGCCAUGCCAGAAACGGAAACAAGCCAAGAACCAUCAGGAACUAACAAACAAGAAGCUUAAAACCGUGAACUGAAAGGAACAGGGUUGAGAAUGCUCUGCUCUGCAGGGGGUGCCCUGCUCCCUGCAGGCCUCGGGAGUGCCCGGUGCUGCGGGCACUGUGGAGGAGGGGGCUGGCCUGGGGGCCUCGAGUGGGUCUGUUUGGUCCUCAGCAGAUCUCUGGGCUGCAGCUACCAAGCACUGAGCAGCACCAGUCCUUGGGUGACAGUAUCUGCCCACACAGUUCCUGGGUCUUACCCGGUCCGUGGGUCAUUUUUCUCUUGGUCAAAAGUUCCCUUCUCUGAACUGUUUUUAGUUUUGGUUUUAUGCUACAAGUUACUGAUGAUAGUGCAACAGCAGCAGCUGGGACCUUUGCAAGAGAUCAGGUUUGAGAAGCCCUUGAGGGGCUGUGGAUUUGCCAGAACAAGGUGGGCAGGUCUCAGGGUUUAUGAGGAAUGUCAGAACCCACAUCAUGGGAGGAGGUUUCACAAUAAAAUGGGACCCAAUUCUAAAUUUUUUUAAAUUAGGGAUGUGAAUGCUGCUGUGUUAUUUUAUUUUGGUUUUCUCAGCUGUUUUGUUUUUUUUCCUUAAGAUGAGUUUUCAAAAAUCUUUUAUUUAGAAUCUGAAUAAACCACUCAACAUGGUACAGGA